AUGCAAGCACAGAAGGAAGCUCCUCCUGAUAUGCAAUGCAAGGACAAGUUCCUACUUCAAUGUGGGAUCGCAGGUCCUGGAGCUACAACAAAAGAUAUCACUCCAGAGUUGUUCAACAAGGAGUCAGGGAAUCAUGUUGAGGAGUGCAAAUUGAGAGUUUCCUAUGUGGCACCACCUCAACCACCGUCACCGGUGCAUGAAGGAUCGGAGGAAGGUUCCUCGCCAAGGGCUUCAGUGUCGGAUAAUGGGACUGUGAAUGGAACAGAAUUUAAUUCUGUCUCGAGAUCCUAUGUCGAGUCUCAGGACAACACAUCAGAGGUUAUUUUCUGGACUAUUUUUCCAUUUGUAAGGGCCCUCAUUUCUAAGCUGUCUGAAGAGAAAAAUUCUGCUAUUCAGCAAAAUAACAAACUUCAGCAAGAACUGGAGCUAUUGAGGCGCGAAGGUAACAAAAGCCGUGGUGGUAUCCCAUUCUUAUAUGUUGUUAUUGUUGGCUUGCUUGGCCUCCUUCUGGGUUACCUUUUGAAGAAGACUUGA